AUGGCAGUGCUCAACGUUCAUUUUGAGGAAGUGGGUGAGAUAUUGGCGGCACGGAUAGUGCUUCAAUUUCGCAAGUUCUACAUGACCAACGAUGAACGUAUACGACACCCUGCCGAGUUCCUCGCUCACUUGGUGAAUCAGCGGGUGUUAUCGGAGGUGGUAUUGCUCCAAGUGUUUCAGAUAUUGCUUGGGGAUAACUACACCAACGAUAGCAUCAAUCUCGCCGUGGAUAUCGCCACAUUGUGUGGCCAACACCUCGAAACUCAAGCCAAGACGGCCUCAGCGACUAUCUUCGACAGAUUCAGACAAUUGAUGACCAUGUCACACGUGUCGACUGCCAGUAACCGUCGCAUAAAACGGUUAUUCGACCACAGAAAGACCAAGUUCCAUAAGUAUCCACCAAUCCCCAAGCUGUUAGAUUUGGUGCCCGAAGCUGAUCGACCCAAGCCUCUCGUAAUCGAUCUUGGAUCUAAGAUCGAUGCUCAGGAUGCCACCAGUUUCUUUGCCGUUGACCCUGAGUUCGAUAAUUUGGAAAAGGAGUACUUUGACGAGGUGAUUCCCGAGGUGCUCGGCCCUACACCCGAAGCUGAUGAUCCUACUGAACCUGGCAACACCAAUUUGGUGAUUAAUGAUUUUCUGGAUUCAGAACGAAUAGCUCUACAAAAACAAGUCUACUUAGUGAUCAUGUCAUCACUCUCGGCGGAUGAAGCAGUACACAAGCUUCUUCGCCUCAAGCUAGAUCCCCAGGUGGUGGCAGACAUGGCCGUGAGAUGCUGUGCUCAAGAGAAGACCUACACCAAGUUCUACGGUCAGAUUGGUGAUCGAUUGUGUGCCAGACGCGAGUUCUUUGACAUCUUCAUCACUUUAUUCCACAAGUACUACCAGACGAUCGACACGUAUGAAAGUAAUGCUGUGCGCAAUAUUGGUAAGUUUUUUGGCCAUUUAUUUGCUCAAGAUUACCUCCCCAUAGACAAACUGUGGUCGCCGGUCGAGAUCAGCGCGCAGGGCACCACGGUGGCGGGACGCGUCUUCCUCAAGUUUGUAUUUCAGCAAAUGGUGGAGGAAAUAGGGGUUGGCGAAGUGCAAAAGCGCUUUGACGAUCCGGCGGUGGCGUUGGACAUCCGAGGCGUCUUCCCCACUGAGGACGCCGACCAUUUGCGGUACUCCAUCAACUUCUUCACGGCCAUCGGCCUCGGUAUCCUCACCGAAACCAUGCGGAACCACCUCACACGGAUUGAGGCUCGUAUGGAACAAGAACGGGGCCGGUCGCUUACAUCUGGUGACGACCGGAGAGCAUCUAACAGCUAUAGUCGUUCCCGUAGUGCCAGCUACUCGAGGCUGCCAAGCCCGAGAAGCCGAAGCCGAAGCUACUCUCGUAGUCCAUGA